GUCCAUGGGAAGUGUGUGUGUAAACACAACACAGCAGGGGACCACUGUGAGAAAUGUGCACCACUAUACAAUGAUCAGCCUUGGAAGCCAGGAGAUGGAAAAACAGGGGUGCCAAAUGAAUGCAGAAAGUGUCGCUGUCACAACCAUGCUGAUAGCUGCCAUUUUGAUUUGAGUGUUUGGCUGGCAUCAGGAAAGCGCAGUGGUGGAGUCUGCGACAACUGCAAGCAUAACACAGAGGGACAUCGGUGUCAAAGAUGCAAACCAGGGUACUACCGAGAUAGAGGGAAACCCAUAUCUUCUACGGAGGUCUGCAAACCUUGCGCCUGCCAGCCAAUGGGUUCAGCCAACGCAACUUUCAGCAGAAGCUGGCGAUGCCACCCCAAGACGGGAUUCUGCUACUGCAAGCCAGGUGUGGCGGGCCCCAACUGCGAUAGAUGUCUCAUGGGCUACUGGGGCUUUGGAGAAAAUGGCUGUCGCCCUUGUGACUGUGCCAGAGACUGCGACCAGCAUACUGGAAACUGUUUCAAUGGCUAUGACAAUGAGCCAUUCUUUAACAUCCCCAUUGGGGGACGAAUCCCUGACCUUGCACAAACGCCAACCAACGAGAGUGAAGAGGAGUGGAAAUGGAAUGACCAUGAGCAGGGAUUUUCUGCGCUGAGGCACCCAGAAAAGUGUGUGUGCAAAGAAAAGGUGCUUGGAAGUGUCACUGACUUCUGCCAAAUGAAAUAUGCUUAUGUGAUAAAAGCAAGAAUCCUAUCAGCUCAUGACAAAGGGACCCAUGCCGAAGUUGUUGUGAAAGUGAAGAAGGUCCUGAAAUCAGGCAAAGUGAAAAUUGCUCGGAGCAACAGAAGCAUUUACCCAGAAUCCUGGACCAACAGGGGAUGUACAUGUCCCAUUCUCAAUCCUGGUACGGACUAUCUUAUAGCAGGCCAGGAGGACUCUAGGACCAGUAAACUCCUUGUGAACAUGAACAGCCUUGUGAAACCCUGGAAAGCAUAUUUGGGAAAACAAAUAUCAGAUAUUCUUCGAACUGGGUGUAAAUAA